AUGACAAUUUCAACUGGUAUUCCGCUUUUACCCGGGCCUGCUGUCAACAAUCAAUCUUUCGAUAGCCAACAUGCUUUCGUGGCUGGAUGGGUCAGCCAACCAAACGGCCGCGGAACUUUCGAUAUCGUUUGGAGCAGCCUAUUCACCGUUUUCCUCUGUACCUGGACAUCCGUAUGUUUGAAUCUACCCGACAAAGACGAGUCUCCGCUUCGAGGCGUCUUACGGCGAACUAAAUGGAUGUUCUGGGCCAUAGUCGGUCCUGAGUUUGUAGUAUCUUUUGCAAUCGGUCAGUGGUCAUCUGCUCAGCGAUCAGUCAAACGUUUCAGAGGUCGCGGCGACCUUCAUUGGACCAUGCGUCAUGGUUUUUUUGCAGACAUGGGAGGACUACUUUUACAACCAAAAGAUAGCACUCCUUUCCUUACCAACAGCAGACAGUUGUACUACCUCGUCGAGCGCGGAUACUUGGCCUGCCCUCAACUUGAUGGAGACGACAUAUGGGACAAAUCCAAAGCGGAUUCUCUGGCAAGAGUGAUGACGCUGGCCCAAGUAAGCUGGUUAAUAAUCCAGCUUAUUGGCAGGGCCAUCAUGCGCUUAGAAACGACAACCUUAGAGAUCUCGGCGGCCGCUAUCGUGUUCUCCACACUUGGAACGUUUUAUUGCUGGUUUCAUAAGCCUUAUGACGUUCGAAGGCCAGUGAUUCUGAAUAUCGGUGUUUCAACGGAGCAGAUUCUCCUAGAUGCAGGUGAAGACGCCAAAAAGCCAUACGUUCAUACUCCUCUUGACUUUGUGGCGAAGCAAAGCUCAACUGUGGGAUAUGACAUCAUGGGAUAUUUCGGCGUCCGAUUCGACGCCAAAGAACGGCCUCUGCGGAGACUUCCAAAUGACAGGUUUCCGGAUAUCACAACAACCGAAAAGUUUGUCCUAUUUGUCAUGACAACGGCAUAUACGGCGGUCCAUCUAGUAGGUUGGAACUUUAGCUUUCCGAGCAACGCGGAGCAAUAUUUGUGGCGCAUCGCAAGUUGUAUCCUAACGGGAGUCACGGUCCUGUUUUGGGCGUUUGAAACUAUCGCGGCGAGGCACAGGUUUGGACGGUGGGAUAAAUAUCUGAUUUGGUUGAGGUUCAAGAAAGAAGCAGUCAGAGAUAUUGAGGGGAUUGAGACCGAGGAAGAGAAACGAGAGCGAGAAAUGAAAGAGUCGAGGCCCAUGCCUCUUCCCUGGGAAGUCGCACUGAUCCUGCCUCUGGUCAUUAUUUACCUGCUUGCGCGGUUUUACAUGGUGGUAGAGGUUUUUCUUGGUCUGAGAAUACUACCUCUAUCAGUCUUCAAUACCGUCCCGUAUAUUGAUCUGAUUCCUCAUUGGUGA